AGUAUGGGCCUCGUCCUCUUCAGUGUUGGUUUGUGUGUGUGAGAUGGAUCCCGAGAGUUGGUAGUAUCUUUACCUGUUUAAAAAAACGAAAAGGGCCAGUUUUUGUGAAUUUUUUCCCUCCCCUUUAGGAAAAAAAUUAUAAUUUACCUUUUGAUCCACUCCACAUACAACAGCAUUGAUGGUAAUGUAUGCAAGGAAACAACCGAGACUCAAUGAUGGGUGUCACGACAGGAGGGAAUCCCAACCCUAUCAGACUCUUAAAUAUCCAUCCAAGAGUCACACGAGCAGCAGUGAUCAUCGUCAUGACAAAACCAGAGAAUCAGGAGAUCCAUCACCACCCUGUAAAAUGCUACGACGUUCUAACAGCCCUGAAAAUAAACAUAGUGAUAGUACAGGACAUAAGAGUAAAACUGUGCACUCACAUCGAGCCAGAGAGCGAGACGGGACCAGCUAUUCUCCACAGGAGAAUUCACAUAAUAACAGUACCCACCAUAGCUCAAAUUCACAUUCUUCUAAUCCUAGUAACAAUCCAAGUAAAACUUCAGACGCACCUUUUGAACCAACUGAUGACUGGUCAGAGCACAUCAGCUCAUCAGGCAAAAAAUACUACUACAACUGCAGGACAGAAGUUUCUCAGUGGGAGAAACCCAAAGAGUGGAUUGAAAGGGAGCAGAGGCAAAAAGAAGCAAGUAAAGUUGGGGUUGUUAACAGCUUCCCAAGAGAUCGAGAUUACAGAAGGGAAACCUUGCAAGCAACUGCUGGCAGUGGGUUUACAAGUGGAAUGGAAGACAAGCAUUCCAGCGGUGCCAGUAGUAUGCUCUCCCAGAAUAUUUUGUCCCAGACAAACAGACACAAUGACAGAGACUACCGACUGCCCAGAACAGAGACUCCUGGUGGAGCUGCCCCAGUGCAGCACCCCGUCAAACCAGUGGUUCUCCCAACUUCAAACCCAAGCACUGUUCCUUCUAGUCCUUUUAGUCUACAGCCUGAGCAUCAGCCAAAGAAAUCCUUUGAUGCUAAUGGAGCAGCUACUGUACCGAAAGUGCCUACACCCACACCUUCCGUCCCCAUUCAGAAGACAGAGAAGAAAGAAACUGCUUCAGUGGACAAGUCAGCUACUCAGUCUUGUGCUACCCCUUCGUCGUCAUCCUCGGGAAUGACUCCUGCUUCUCAGACCCCAUCAGCCACCACGUCUACUGUCCCUGUUUCACCUAUUCCUCAGUCACCUAUUCCUCCUCUACUACAGGAUCCAAACCUCUUGAGGCAAUUACUUCCUGCUUUGCAAGCCACCUUGCAGCUUAACAAUGCUAAUGUGGAUAUGUCAAAAAUAAAUGAAGUCCUUACAGCUGCUGUCACGCAAGCUUCCUUACAGUCUAUGCUUCAUAAGCUCCUCACGGCUGGACCAUCAGCUUUAAGCAUCACUACUCUGCUUUCCCAAGCUGCACAGUUGUCUUCUCAGGCCCAGCAGUCUAAUCAGUCACCAAUGUCAUUGGCAUCAGAUGCAUCAUCCCCAAGGUCAUAUGUGUCUCCAAGGAUAAGUACGCCACAGACUAACACUGUUCCUCUUAAACCACUGAUGAGUACGCCUCCAGUGUCGUCUCAACCAAAGUCCAGUAUUUCAGUUGUGAAACAAGGACCAGCACAGCAGCAAGUAUCACAGCAAUCUGCAACUGCUGACAAACACGGGCAUGAGCCAGAAUCCCCUCGUAACGUUCAACGUUCAAGCAACCAGAGAAGUCCAUCACCAAGUCCAAAUCACAUUGCAAGUAACAGCGCAUCUUCAGUACCGUCAACAACAUCUGCACGUUCGUCGUGUUCAUUGACGCCGACACUAGCAGCGCACUUCAAUGAAACUCUUAUAAAACAUGUUCAAGGUUGGCCCGCUGAUCAUGCGGAAAAGCAACCAGUUUAUUCAGCCCGUCAUCAUUGGGACAUCCCUGUCAUCCCAUGGACCAAUCUGGUGAAUCUGUGCUGUACUGCUUCCAGUGCAUCUCGACUGAGAGAAGAAGCACACAACAUGGGAAGUAUUCACAUAUCUGAAAUUUGUACUGAGCUUAAAAAUUUAAGGUCAUUGGUUCGGGUAUGUGAAAUUCAAGCAACUUUGCGUGAGCAAAGGAUACUGUUUUUGAGACAACAAAUUAAAGAACUUGAAAAACUGAAGAAUCAAAAUUCCUUUAUGGUGUGAGGACUUGUGAAGAAAUUGCACAUGGUUUAAAGCCAGGGACUGUAAACGUUUGCCCAGUCUUAAACAAAAUUUGAGCUGCGUUUGAGAAGGCUUUGGACCGUGGGCUGGGCAAAGGGGUGGAUUGGGAGGGGAAUAAAGAAGGGUUCUGAUUCAGGGGAGAUAAGUGGUUGAUUUGUAAACCCUUGAAAUGUAGAUUUCUUGUAGAUGUAUCCUUCACGUUGUAAAUAUGUUUUGUAGAGUGAAGCCAUGGGAAGCCAUGUGUAUCAGAGCUUUGACAUCUGAACUAAUCAAUGCUGAGGUGGCUAAAUACCUAGCCUUUUACAUGUUAACUUGUCUGCAAACUAGCUUUGGUAAUUUUCAUCAUUCAGUGAUACGCAUUUCCUAGAAUCCUGGCACCAGCCAGUGUGAAUCACAGGCUGCAACAACUGGAACAGUUUGGUCAGUACACCAAUUAGCAUGGAGCACCUUCAGAUUCCACAGACCCAGUCAGGAGCAGCUCUGCAGACAGCUUUCUUCAUUGCAAGGCAAUUUCAGUUUUUUUUUCUUAAGACAUUGUGAUCGAGGCAUUUGGGUUCACCAACUUUUCAUUCCUCUGUACAGCAGUUUAUAAGUGAAGUACUGUUGUAUGGAAAAAAAACAGAUUGUUGCAGUAGGUAAAGUACAAAUUGAUUUCUUGUAUGCCUACCUAAUUGCUAUGUAUUUGCAUUUGUGCCCUGUUUUAAAACAAAAAAUGGCAGUGGGGAAAGAUUGAUACAGGGCAUGUGUGUAUUUAUUAAGCGGCAGAAGCCACUCAAAAAAUAGUGACAGAAGCCCAAUGUUAUUUGCUAACAUUGUUGACGAUGCAAGAAAGCCGGUCAGUCAUGCAAAGAUGUAUGUAAAUAUAAUAAACUUUUGUUGUUUAAA